AUGGCUGCAUGCAUAUCAUCAUUAGUUCAUGAUCAAUAUUCUUCCAAGCAGUUCCAUGAAGUUUUCAAGUUGCAGCACAAGAGGUACUUCGACUUUUCUUCUUAUGAAAUUAAUGAUCCACUGGCAAAUAUUCAUAGCAACAAGAGACUCAAAUUUAGUCAUGAUGCUGAUCAAGACUUGAGUUUUUCAAUCAACACAUCAUUAGGUCAUAUUGAUCAAUAUUCAUUCAAGAAAGUAGAUGAAUGUGAGGAGAGACUGGAAUUUAGUACUAGUAACAAAUUACCAUGCCUAAAAAUGGUGGCUGGAUCUUUAUACUUACCCAAAGAAAAUCCAAACAAACCACUAGGUGAAGAUGCACACUUUAUUCAUGAAUUAUACCAAACUAUUGGUAUCGCUGAUGGCGUUGGUGGAUGGGCAAAAAAGAGAAUUGAUGCUGGAAUUUACGCAAGAGAGCUUAUGUCAAAUUCAAUUAUUGCCAUAGAUAAUAAGGAACCAAAGGGUCAUGUGAACCCUAAACGAGUUCUUCAAGAAGCUUACAAAAACACAAAUUCUGAAGGAUCGUCUACAGCUUGUAUUAUAACCUUAAACUCCAAGAAAAAUACUGUAUGUGCUGCUAACGUUGGCGACAGUGGAUUUUUCCUAAUUAGGAAGGGGAAAAUUAUAUACAAGUCGCCUAUACAACAACAUGAGUUUAAUUAUCCGUAUCAAUUGGGGAAUAGUAAGGAUAAUCCUAGCGUUGCUCAGGAGAUGGAAUUAAACGUCGAAAAAGAUGAUAUUUUGAUCGUUGGAACGGAUGGGAUGCUUGAUAAUAUGAAUGAAAGUGAGAUUGAGGAAAUUGUUCAAAGAGGGAUGGAUAAGAAGUUGGAGGCAGAUGAGUUGGCUAGUCAAAUUGGAAACAUAGCAUUGUAUAAUUCAUUUGAUAGAUUUGCAGACACACCAUUUGCAAGAGCAGCUGACAGGGAAUGGCUUAGUCAAAUACAUAAAGGAGGAAAGGUUGAUGACAUUACUGUUAUUGUUGCUUAUAUUCAAUGA